CUUUUCUAUAACUCACGAGCGGUCUGUUAUUGUAAACACACAGAUACCGCCCAACAAGAGCUGGAACUCGGACACGUCCACAGAAAGCGAGCUUCACUUGAGCUUCAGUUAUGAAUGCAUCAAUUGGCGCAUGGACUUUUAGUCCACUGCUCACCGAAUUUCCGGCCACUGUGUUGCCAAACAUUGGUUUCUGGAGUGUCAGCAAUGGAACUUGGGAGUAUCAGAUCCAGCUCGCAUGGCCCCUGAACUGGACCACUACACUGGAGAGUGCUACUGUUGAGACGAUGUACGUUCUCGAUGGUAACGCUCAAGGCCUCUCGGCAACCGAAGCCAUCCGGCGUAGACGUCCCGUCGAAUUCAACCAACCCGACACGAUCGUUGUAUCCAUUGGCUACCCAGAGAGCAUCGAGGACUCGCCUUACAGCACAUCACGCUACAGCGACAUGCAGCCACCUGUCUGCGCCACCUGUCCACGCCCAACACAACCUGGCGUACCUUCCAACGCCGAUGGACUCAUCACUUUCAUCGAAACCGCUCUGCGCCCGUGGGUGCAGAAAACAGUGUUCAAAGAAGCGAAUUUCAACCGGGAUGCGCUCUACGGUCAUUCCUUUGCUGGCUUAUUCGUACUAUACGCUCUCACAGUCCGCCCUGAUCUUUUCGACACAUAUCUCUCUGCCUCGCCUGCUCUAUAUUGGAACGAUGACUAUGUCUUCAACCAAACAGAAUUUCUCGCGCCUCUCCUCACUAAUGUCACUUCUGCAAGCAAUAACACUAAGCCAGCAUUCCAAAUCAGUUAUGGCGGACUUGAACAAUUUCCCAAGCAGAGGAAGAGGGAAUCCGAUGAGGAGUUUGAGUUCAGGAAGAGCAUACUCGUGCCAAUGAGGAUGACCGAUUUGUCCGAAAGGUUGUAUGCAGACCUGGCGAAUAGUUUGGUGCUGAGGAAUGUUGACCUGAAUGUGUUCCCAAAUAGUUAUCAUGCAACAGUUGGGACUGCAGCGUUUAGUGACGGGAUUGAUUACUUUCUUGAUUGGUAGGUGGUAUCGACUUUGGAGAUGAUGGAACAAGAGCGAAAAUUCCAUCCAUGGCGAAGAAAUCAAAU